AUAGUCCUAUUAUUGGGAUUAAGAUAGCUCCAAUAAUUUUCUCGGUUAUGGAUAAUACGUUUUAGAAGUCUUUUUUUUUUGUCUCAAAAUAAUGAUUAUGUAAACGAGUUCUAAUUCUCAACGGAUAUAUGAUGAGUUAAGGUGUAGUUAUCUUUGGCGGUUGUGUCUCCUUUGUGUAGGUUAUACAUUUUAGACUACUCUAAUAUUUUGCAGUCUAUAUUGUCAGGGGAAUGCGAAGGAUUUUCGCGCGCUCUGUUCCAUUCGAAUCUCCAACGGCUCUGAACAGAGACGUUGUUCUCACGGGGAAGAAGAAGCGGAGUUCCCACGACAUCGUUUCACCACCAGUUGAAGCUGGGAAUCAGAGCGACAUCGUUUCAUCAUCGUCUGGAAAAGAGAAGCAAUGCGACACACCGUUCCAUUGCUUGCUCAAGGGAAGAUACAACGCACGUGGAGUGACGUCGUUUCUGGCAAAAUGCCACUUAGUCCUCAAACUUGUUAAAACCACUCUUUUCCUUUUUCGGCCGUACUUGCUUUACUUCUAAACUUUGUCUUCUUACCAUUGUUUUUUAAGGUUUCUGUACUGAUUCACCGGCUAUAUAAGCUGUGAAAAUGUAAUGAGAAGAGCAGGGCUUUAGGGUUUGCUUGAUCCAUAACGUUGUUUUAUAUAUAUAUAUAUAUAUAUAUAGUGAAUUAUGUUUCAAUUAUGUUGAUGGUUUUUCCAAAAAAGCAUUAGAAUGUGAUUGUCUACUUUUUUAUUAUGUUCCAUAACAUGGAGCGAUUUCAUUCGACCGCGGUUCAGUUAGACGUAUCAUGCACGAAUAUUCGUACUUUUCGAAUGGGCAUGGUGACAUUCUGAUGUGUCUACAGUUUUAUUCGUGACAUUCUGAUGUCUAGAGUGCUAUCAAAGGUUGUGUAUGUGAUCUCUUUUUGCUCCCUCGUUAGAGGAGAAGCUUUGGGAUUCAGUUUUUAUUUCGUGUGCCCACCCUGUUUCUUCGCUCGAUCGAUCUUCUCAUUCACACGAGGAGGAAAUAUGUUAAAGAAACAAAUUUCAAGUUUCUUUCGUCUUCUCAGAAGAGAAAUUCGAUGCCUAGGCGGUUUGUUCUCUCGAGUGAUCAUCACGUGGAUUAUAUAUGUUGCAUGUUGAUUACGUUCUCUACUUUAUAGUUGUGUUGUUACAUGUUGCCAUUAUUGGAUCACUCUUUUUUUCUUUUCAAUGUUCAGUUUCUGACUUCCUAUAUAUGCUUGUACUCUAAGUUAAUUAAGAAUGUGUUUACACCUAAAAACUAAUUUGAUAUCACUUUUGAAUAUUCACAAGACAUUGAGUAUAGGAUAGUUAAUUACUGGGCGGGGUUUGGUCUGUCAAACUUAAAACUGAAAUGCGCUUACUAACGGAUUGGUACGUUAUUCUGAGCAAUCGAACCCACCUACAUUCUUUCUUUGAUUGGAUAUAUGAUGGGUGACCGACAACCCAAUUCUCCGAUAGCACCGGUUGACUACAAUUUAUGAUAAGUUGCAAUCUAGGCACUUUCCGUCUUGUAUCGAAUGGAUUCGACCAGUACUUGUGAUGUGCAAAGUUUUCAUUAUUCAUAUACACUUUCAUCUGUAAACUCUGGAUAAAAUAUUAUCUAACAGAGAAAACAAAGUCUCUAACCACAUAUUCAUAUGGAUCAAGCUCUUCACGCAUGUGGCCUGCAUUCUCAGAGAUGGAAUCUUUUCAUCACUACUCCAUCAACUAGUUGUAAAGAAACUUGGCAUUUAUUCCACGUCGACAUAUAUAGUUUUUAUUUGUAAUUUACAUCUUGAAAACAACAGUAGUAUAGUAGUCCGAAAACACUCUUUGCUUUCUCGCUUUAAAAGUCGAUUGUCGAUGCGCGACGUGAAUCAGAAAUAUGAGGACCCUUCGAUUAGAUGAAAAAGAAAUGUCUAUUUACCUUGUGAAAAUCACGUACAUGUUUAUGGACCUGACCCACAACCCAUUAACAGCGGCGGAUCCAGAACACAGAAGAGCACUGGGCCGCAUUUCAUUAGAAAAUUAGAACCGUAAAAAAAUAUAAUGAUUAUAGUUUUUUGCAAUGUAAAUUGUACACAACUGUAUUUUAAUUUAGGGAAUGCAUCAAUAAUGAAGUCUACAUCCAUACCAAUAGUAUACACUGUUUCAAAUAAAAUACUUGAGCAAUCGACGAGAAAUUCAUCGCUCAUUUUGUUGAGCAAAUCAGUUCUCACAUGUUUCAUUGUUAAAAAGGUUCUCUUCGUAGUAGCUGUUGAAACGAGCAACAUCAACACUAGAUAAAUCAAUCGACUAAUCAAUUUACAUUGUGUGUCCAUCCCUGCACACCAGCUGUUUUAGUAAAUUUGUAAGGGAACA